GUGUGUGUGUCUGUGUGUAUGCAUAUGUGGGUGUGUGUGUUUGUGUAUGGGGUGUUCACUACCGAGUCAUUCGUUCCCCCUGAGUCAUUGCACGCUCCACGAAACCACGGCGAGUGAAAAGACCGGCGAUCAAUCCCCGAGUGUCGAAGGGACAUUUGAAGAGCGUCGCUGCGUUGUUCAUUGAGUCAGGAGAGAGAGACAGCCAUGUCGGCGAAUGUGGACGAGCAGCGUGCGCGCUACGAGGCGGCCGGCCAGGGCCACGUGUUCCGCUUCUGGGAGCAGCUGUCCCAGGGUCAGCGCGACACUCUGCUCUCCCAGCUGAAGGACAUUGACCCCGAGGAGGUGGGGCGAUCCUACCGGGCGAUGCAACGUGGGCAGGGGGAGUCCGAGGCUCCGGAGGACGUGAAGCCGGUGCCGGAGGACGCGUUUGGCAGCAUGUCGCGCUCCCCCGCCAGCCUGCUCAGCCAGUGGGAAAAGCAAGGCCUGGAGCAGAUCGCCGAGGGGCGGAUGGCGGUGUUGCUGCUGGCCGGAGGGCAGGGCACGCGUCUCGGCAUGUCGUGCCCCAAGGGCAUGGUGUCGGUGGGACUGCCCUCGGGGAAGUCCCUCUUUCAGCUCCAGGCAGAGCGCAUUCGUGCCCUGCAGAGGCUGGCCGGCACCGCUAAGCCCGUGCCCUGGUACAUCGUGACGAGUGCCCACACACAUGCCCCCACCGAGGCUUUCUUCCGGGAGCAUGCCUGGUUCGGGCUGGAUCCGGACUCGGUGCGCUUCUUCCAGCAAGGGCAGCUGCCGGCGCUCACCAUCUCCGGCAAAAUCAUCCUGCAGGACAAGGGGCUCAUAGCCAUGGCUCCCAAUGGUAACGGCGGCGUGUACCGCGCACUCAGCUCGUCGGGCGCGCUGGCCGACAUGCAGGCACGCGGUGUGCGCCAUGUGCACGCCUACUGCGUGGACAACGUGCUGGUGCGUGUCGGGGAUCCUGUAUUCCUCGGCUUCUGUAUCCACAAGAACGCCGACUGCGGCGCCGAGGUGGUGGAGAAGGUGGACCCCACAGAGCCUGUGGGCGUGGUGUGCCGGGUGGGCGACCACUAUCGCGUGCUCGAGUACAGCGAGAUCUCGUCCGAGUUGGCGUCACGGCGGGGCACCCACGGCCGCCUGGAGUUCAGCGCCGCCAGCAUCUGCAACCACUACUUCAGCGUCGAUUUCCUGCAGGAGGUGGUGCGGCAGUACGAGCCGCAGAUGCUGUACCACGUAGCGCACAAGAAGGUGGGCUACGUGGACGACGAGGGUCGACCCGUGGCACCCGACAAGCCCAACGGCAUCAAGAUGGAGAAGUUCAUCUUUGACGUAUUCCCAUUCUCAAAGAACUUUGCCGUGUUCGAGGUGCUGCGUGAGGACGCCUUCUCGCCGCUGAAGAAUGCGGACAAGCCGGGUCAGGUGGAUUGUCCGAGUACGGCGCGGAAGGCCGUGUACAGCCUGCACGCACACUGGGUGGAGAAGGCGGGGGGCCACGUGAGCAGUGGCUCUGGCGGAGUGGUGUGUGAGAUAUCGCCACUUGUGUCCUACGCUGGUGAGGCUCUGCAAGAACGCGUCAAGGGCAAGACUUUCCCUUCACCAUUCGUUCUGGAUUAGUAGAGAGUUUGAAGAAAUGGCCGUGCAAACAAAAACCUUCCCCUCCUGCUAUAAAUACAAUAACACUGCCAUCACAAUGUGAGAAACGGUAGUAUUAUAUUUUUCUGUUGCAAUAUAUACAGUGAUCUAAAUGAGUUUUACUGUGUAACACAAUUAACUCUUUAAUGGUCGUAUUUAUUCCAAAGGAAUCCCAUUCAUUUUUUAAAUUUGGUUCGGUUUACAUUGUUGCCUAUCCUGAUCUCUCUAGAGCUCUGCUUCUGUAUCAUUCGUUGUCUUUGUUUUUUUAUUUGUUUGUGAAAACUACUCACUUUGGUUGCCAUGGAAAUGUUGAAAUAACAAUAUGCAAGGUGUGACUGCCUUUGUGUGAAUAUGAGCCACAUGUAAUCAUUUAAUGCAACAUUCACAUUUGUGGAUGACACCGUUUAUUCAUAAUUGAGAUGGGGGAGGGGGUGCACCGCGUAAAAUUGUGUUGUAAACCCUCCUCCACCCGAUAAAGGCAAUUAAUAAAAGUGUCAGAUUCAUAAAACGUGCCAAAUGUAUUCCUGCUUCAGAACCACCAGUGUGUUGGAGAGUAAUCGUACAAAAUUGAAAUGGGUGCUACGUUUCACUGGAGAUUACAUCCAGCAUAUUCAGGUUAACAAGAACCCGGAUAACACAAUUACCUGAAGUCACAAUAAUAAGUGUCUAAGGAUUUCUUUAAUUGCAAAAGGGAACGUGUUUUAUUAUUCAAAUCGUUUUUCAGGAGCAUUUGCUUAAACAAGGCAACCUCAAACUGCUUUUGACUUCACAUAAUCACCAAUUAAUAGGGCCUCAUCAAAGCCACGCCUGUGACCAACACAACCGGAAUGUGCCCAAUCUCGUGAAAUCUCACAAGUUCGGCAGGGUUGAGCCUGGAUGACUCUGGGAUGGGUGACUCACCAUACAUGCAAGGUCUGUCAUAAGCUGCCAUGUAAUCUGCUGGGCAGCAGAUGGCAUUGUACGAACCCCCCAUAAACCAGUGUGGUGCAAUAUGGUCAAUUUAAUUCCCACAAUGCUCUCAUCCAGGAGUGGAUUGGCAAAGGAUUGGCAGAUUUCACAGGGAGGUUGUAUAUACGGCUCAUUGGGCAAUGGUUGAAAUGUUAAAAUCAUUCUUAACUUUGGAGCUUUCGUGACUGCAGGAAUUAUUCUUUGGUUCUUUCGGUAAAGUCACGUAUAAAGAAAAAAUAAUAUUAUUAUUAUGUUAAAAUCAUGUUUUCAUUGAGAUAAUGGCAAUGGCUGAAGCAGCACAAACAUUAGUUUUAUUUCUUUUAUCGCCUUUGUAAAUUUUGGGAAUGGAAUGCCAUAAGUUUUAAUAAACAGGAUGCCGUGUUUUAAAGUGAUGUAUGUAGAUUCUUUGGUUUCCAAAUGUAUGUUAAUCACACUAUCCCACACCACACUUGUGUAUUUUCAUUUGUCAAGCAAAUGCGCACCAAGGUGAAAUUGUAUGUUUAGCAUGGAAACGUCAC